AUGGCAAGUGAAUCGCACGAAUGGGACACAGCGGAAUAUACAGCUGAGCUCCGGGAGAACAGACUGCUGUACACUUCUUCCACUGGAGCGCAUGGCCAAAUAGACUUGGCUGACAUCGUCGGUGUGCUACCUGACCAGGGCUCUACGGGUCAUCGGAUUCUGUUCGUAACAAGAGGAGCCAGAGAAGAUACGAAGGACUCUUGUGGCUACCUCACGAGCAUCAAGGUUAAUUCCCUCCAUGAACUGUCGCCUCUCCCCGUCCUAGCGGAGUUACCUGCACACCUGCAAUACCCAGAGCCUGUCCAUAUAGUGGUGUCGACCCAGUCCGGGACAGGAACUGCCCAGGUGGUGCUCGAAAAUCUCGUACAGCCAUUCUUUUCCUACUUGGGGAUUGACUAUCAAGUUCAUGAAACCCAGUCGGCCGAAACUAUUCAUCAGCUAUCCCGCUCAUUAUUCCUGGAAAAAGCGAUUGCUGGGAUAAACCAGACAAUUAUACUUCUCUCCGGCGAUGGUGGCCUUGUUGAUAUCGUCGAUGGAUUCUACAAAUCAACAAUUCCUAUCCAAGCUGCUCCACACAUCGCCCUGAUUCCUUGUGGGACAGGCAAUGCCAUGGCAAGCUCAAUCGGUUUACGUUCUGGCCCGGCUUCUGGCUUGGUGACUCUACUGCGGGGUCGGCCAUCGUCUGUGCCCAUCUUCGCAGCCCAUUUCUCCCCCGGCAGUAAACUGGUCAUUGAUGAGGGUCGCAAAAGGUCCUCGAUCGAUAGCCAAGAGGGUAGUUCGGAAACUAUAAUCUAUGGCGCCGUGGUCGCCAGUUGGGGGUUCCAUGCGGCCUUAGUUGCUGAUAGUGACACUUUCGAGUAUCGGAAAUUUGGAGCAGAAAGGUUCAAGAUGGCUGCCAACGAUCUUCUUCAUCCUUCAGAUGGAAGCGAGCCUCAUCGAUUCAAAGGCAAAAUCAUGAUGGGAUUACCUGAUCAUGCGACAGGAGGCCAAUCAGAGGAGUGCAUAGAAGACGAGGAGCACAUGUACAUUCUGGCCACUCUUGUUCCACGACUGGAGAAGGACUUCCUUAUCUCGCCCGAUUCAAAGCCCCUGGGCGGACAAAUUUGUUUUCUGCGCUUUGGAGUCUUGCCUGCAGAUGAGGUAAUGCGUCUGAUGACAUUGGCCUAUCAAGGAGGCCAACAUGUGCAGGAAAAGACUGUGACCUAUAAGGAAGUUGAAACGCUUCAUAUUCAGUUCAAAGAGGACCAGGAGAGAUGGAGACGGGUGUGUAUUGACGGCAAGAUUGUCGCCAUCGAAGAAGGCGGUUGGAUGAAGCUACGCAAGGAACCUCGUCAGCUGCUUGAGCUUAUCAAGUUGGGAUCUGAGCGUUUUUAG